AUGGUUACGGAUACCGAGAAAGGCCAAGCAACACCCAUUACGCCCUCGUCGAGCUUGGAAGAGAAGCCAGUCCGCAGUGGAAAGUUCCCUGCCUUCUACCGCAAAUACCGCAUUUUCAUCCACGCCUUCAUCUGGCUGGUCGUCACUGGUUGGUGGAUCGCUGGUCUGGUUUUGCACAGGCCUGGCACUGCGAAUCCAAAGAACUGGGUUGUUCCAUUCCUGCUCUGGCUGGCGAUCUCGCUGAGAAUCCUCUUCCUGCACGUGCCUGUUACGGUCGUUUCCAAGCCAAUGAAAUGGACGUGGAGAAACACCGGAAGCCGUGUCAACCAAAUGAUCCCCGAGAAACUCCGCCUGCCCAUCGGUGCAUUCGUCACUUUCUCAGUGUUCAUCAUCGGCUCAUUCGCAUCCCCAACAUCGCAGGACAACACCCGCGAAAACCGUGCCAUCAGCUUGUUGGGUCUGCUCAUCCUCAUCGCCGCUCUGUACGGAACGUCCAAGAACCGCAGCAAGAUCAACUGGCACACCGUCAUCAGCGGCUACCUCAUCCAAUACAUCAUCGCUCUGUUCGUGCUCAGGACCGGCGUUGGCUUCGACAUUUUCGACUUCAUCUCCAAGCUUGCCCGCCUCCUUCUCGGAUUCGCCAAAGAUGGUGUGGCUUUUCUCACCAGCACGGAGACCUCGCAGAUUGGCAUGUUCUUCUUCACCGUGCUUCCUGCCAUCAUCUUCUUCGUGGCUCUCGUCCAGCUGCUCUACUACUGGGGUUUCAUCCAAUGGUUCGUCGGCAAGUUCGCCGUGUUCUUCUUCUGGGCGAUGCGCAUUUCCGGAGCUGAGGCCGUUGUCGCAUCCGCUACGCCUUUCAUCGGACAGGGAGAGAGCGCCAUGUUGAUCAAGCCGUUCGUGCCUCAUCUCACCAUGGCUGAGCUGCACCAAGUCAUGUGCUGUGGUUUCGCGACCAUUGCCGGUAGUGUGCUCGUGGCAUACAUUGGCAUGGGCAUCAACCCACAGGCUCUCAUCUCCUCCUGCGUGAUGUCCAUCCCUGCCUCCCUCGCGGCCAGCAAGCUUCGUUACCCAGAGACCGAGGAGACUUUGACGGCUGGAAAGAUUGUCGUGCCCGAUGAUGAUGAGCACAAGGCCUCCAACUCGAUUCACGCUUUUGCCAAUGGCGCAUGGCUCGGAUUGAAGAUCGCCGGCAUGAUUUUGACCACUCUGUUGUGCAUCAUUGCCCUUGUUGCCCUCCUCAACGGCCUGUUGACAUGGGUUGGACGCUACAUCGGCUUGAACGGCGACUACGAUCUCACUCUUGAGUUGAUCCUUGGUUACCUCUUCUACCCCGUCGCCUUCCUACUCGGCGUGCCCCGUGGUCCAGAUCUCAUCAAGGUCGCUCGACUGAUCGGCGUCAAGGUCAUCACCAACGAAUUCGUCGCCUACGGCAUGCUCACCAACUCCACCGAGUACGCCGACCUCUCCCCGCGCUCCAACAUUAUCGCGACCUACUCCCUCUGUGGUUUCGGCAACAUCGGCUCGCUGGGCACUCAAAUCGGUGUGCUUUCACAGCUCGCUCCCGGUCGUGCCGGUGACGUCUCAAAACUUGCCAUCUCCGCUCUUGUCACCGGUGUCUUGUCGACUCUUAGCAGCGCAAGUAUCGCCGGCUUGGUCAUUCAGGAUCCUACGAAGUUCCAGGUUACCGUGCCGACGAAGAGGGCGAUUUUGAGCUCGGAGAUUGAGGCUGUGGUGCAAGAGGAGCAGCAGGAGGCCGAGGUUUUGUAG